UGAAACUCUCACUUCCAAUCAACAUUCAACAAUAACAAUUUGUGUUUGUCUCUUCUCUUCCACACACUAUAUGUUCAAUUUUGGAGACGAGUUUGUCUUGGAGAGUUUCAGAGUUCCAUGGCUUAUAUGUAUUCAACUUUUAGUAUUUCUUCUUUUACUUGCCUUCCUUUUUUGCUUCACCAUCAUUGUUUCAGAUCACACUGUUCAUGAUUCUUCUUCUACCCUUCAUUCCACUCAUGUUGUUACCAACCCCCUUCAACUCACACGGGGGGUAGAGAACCUGAGUAUUAAAGGGGAGAUAGCAACAAGCACAGAGAUAGUGAGAGUGAGAGAAGAGAUUUCAGAAGGGGAAGCUUCAUCUCUGUAUUUCCUUCACCCUUGUUAUUAUUUCAAAUUAGCAAAAGUGGCUUUUCUAAAAUGUUUUGGCCUAGAUUCUAUAUCUGAAUCAGAGAAUCCUUCAACCCAAAAGCAUAGGGGAAAAAAGAAGGAAAGUUGACAGUGAAAACUAAAAGCUAUAUAUGUCUGUUCAUUAUUAUGACAUGGAUAAAGUAUCUCAUCAUUUUUUGGUACAUUAAUUGGUUUCCGAGUGCAUGUUUAAUAUUAUGGUAGGUUGAUAAAAUUAUUGCGACUC